GACCUGCCGGCUGCUACCCACACCAGCUGUACCACUCACCAUGAAGGUUCUUGUCCUUCUGCUUGUCACCCUUGCCGUGGUCUAUGCAGCUCCUGACCCCCGGGGAAUCCUAAUCAACCUGGAAGAUGGCGAGAUCUGCAUGAACAGUGCCCAGUGCAAGAGCAGCUGCUGCCAACACUUCAGCCCCCUGGGCGUGGCCCGCUGCACACGCAAGGCCAGCGAGAACAGCGAAUGCUCGCCCAAGACACUCUAUGGGAUUUACUACAAGUGUCCCUGCGAGCGGGGCCUGACCUGUGAGUCGGACAGGACCAUUAUUGGCGCCAUCACCAACACCAACUAUGGUAUCUGCCUUGAUGCUGGACGCUCCAAGGAGUAAGACCACCCCUGACUCCUGCACCUAGCCCGGCAGGCUGCGCAGGACCCUUCUCUUAUUUCCCAUCUCUUAUCUUCGGCUGGCCACCUCCUUGACCAGCACCUCUGUCACCUGACUGGGUUCUUGGCAAUAAAACCUGCCUGCAAACCUUC